AGUAAGAUACGUUGGUGAGGACACUUACGGUGAGCUACAAUGGAAAAGUCCUGGAUCCUGUGGAACUUUGUGGAAAGAUGGCUCAUAGCUUUGGCUUCGUGGUCUUGGGCUCUUUGCCGUAUUUCUCUUUUACCUUUAAUAGUGACUUUUCAUCUGUACGGAGGCAUUAUCUUACUUUUAUUAAUAUUCGUAUCCAUAGCAGGUAUUCUAUAUAAAUUCCAGGAUGUAUUGCUUUAUUUUCCAGAACAGCCAUCUUCUUCACGCCUUUAUGUUCCCAUGCCCACUGGUAUUCCACAUGAAAACAUUUUCAUCAGAACCAAAGAUGGAGUGCGUCUGAAUCUUAUUUUGAUAAGAUACACCGGAGACAAUUCGCCCUAUUCCCCGACUAUAAUUUAUUUUCACGGGAACGCAGGCAACAUAGGUCACAGGUUACCAAAUGCGUUGCUUAUGUUGGUUAACCUCAAAGUUAAUCUUUUGCUUGUUGAUUAUCGAGGAUAUGGAAAAAGCGAAGGAGAAGCGAGUGAAGAAGGACUCUACUUAGAUUCUGAAGCUGUGCUAGACUACGUGAUGACUAGACCUGACCUUGACAAGACGAAAAUUUUUCUUUUUGGCCGUUCCUUGGGAGGAGCAGUGGCUAUCCAUUUGGCUUCGGAAAAUUCCCAUAGGAUUUCCGCCAUCAUGGUGGAGAACACGUUUUUAAGCAUACCGCACAUGGCCAGCACUUUAUUUUCAUUCUUCCCAAUGCGUUACCUUCCUUUAUGGUGCUACAAAAACAAAUUCCUGUCCUACAGAAAAAUCUCUCAGUGCAGAAUGCCUUCUCUUUUCAUCUCUGGUCUCUCUGACCAGUUAAUCCCACCAGUAAUGAUGAAGCAACUUUACGAACUCUCCCCGUCUCGGACUAAGCGAUUAGCCAUUUUUCCCGACGGGACCCACAACGACACGUGGCAGUGCCAGGGCUACCUCACCGCCCUGGAGCAGUUCAUCCGGGAAGUCGUGAAAAGCCAUUCUCCUGAGGAGAUGGCCAAAACUGCAUCUAAUGUAACGAUUAUAUGAUGUUUUUUCUUUUUGAUUAAUGCACUGUAUUUUAAUUUGUGCAGAACGAUAAAGAAUGUUCCUUUCUAGAAGCGUGUUAUGUCUGUACUUGUCUGAAGAGUGACAUUAAACUUUGAAAGGACUUCAGUGCUCCUUUGAGAUGAUCCAAAUAGUUUUUUACAUUUGAAGAACUGUAAUUCUUGGGAUUAUUUCAUACCUUUUCGUCAGACCUUUCAGUGUGGUUAUGUAUCCAUAUCUUUAGUUUAAUAUGCCCGUUUGAUAGCUAUUGUAUUCAAAAGUUUCUUGUUGCUAAAGGGGUGUGCUUUGUGUGGCCCUUAGAUUCGUGGCUGGGUGUGGAAGGAGACUGGCCAACGAGAAACCUUUGGGUAUUAUUAUUCCUUUAGUAGGUACCGGGACAAUCAUGGUAAGCCAACUUAGUUCUGUAACUGCAUUCUUCACCUUAAAAGUUAAAAUGAAAUGCAUGAUGGUAUUUUCUUCCUUGAAUUAUGCAAUGCAUUGUUUUUAAUGUAAAUAGUACUGGUCCUCGACCGAUGUAUAUGGCAACCUGGGGUAUAUCUAUUUUUAUGUAAACUCUAUUUUGUUCUCGGCAAGAAGUGACAGUGAGGCCUGCGUGCAGGUUGCCACUGAAGUUUGCUCUGGCAAAUGCUGAGGUCCAGCUUUUUCUUAGAAGUCACCGGGACCCCGUUUUCCAAUAUCCACGUACCGUGUUUCGUUAGGUACAGUCUGGAUCAUGGCAUGUAAAAAUAGAAAUUUAGAAUUUUACUGCAGCUUUGAUGUGCAUAUUUGAACUUUUUAACAUUUGUAAUUUUGGUGGCAAAGAGAAUUUUAGCUUCUGUCAAUUUUGUAAGUCUACAGCUGAACCACUCCUAGCAGUCGUGAUGACUAGACCCUGUUUAAGAACUGAAUUAGCGAGUCUUACCACUGUACAGUUGUACAUGCUGUUUUGCAGAAAUUCCCACACUUGAUUUUUAAGUCCAGUGUCCAGGUACAUCUAGCCCACAAAAGCCAAGAUAUCAGUUAUUGGACUUUCUGAAAAUAAAACUUACAAAAUCAAAAGCAAAACACCUGUUCUUUGCUUUAAUGUUUCAGUUGUUCUCAUACAGAGCAGUAGAAGUUUCAGGAAGUCGCCUUUAUUUUUCUCCUGUUUCUAGGAGUGUGGGAAUGAAAGAACACAGGAACUUUUUCUUAGAGAGCCCAUUACCAUUUGUUAAGAGGUCGUAAGUGAGAAGUAGUAUUUAGACAUAGAGAAGAGUAAGAAAAAUCUUACUUAAAAAAAAAAGAGCCCCUUAAAAUUUGCAGAAUAUACCUUAAAAAUAUAAGCUAUGGGGUAUAAUUGUGCUACGUUGUUUCAAGCUCUCCUCAAAAAUUAGAUGUGAUUGAGCUCUGUACAUGAUGUUAGCUUUAACAUAGAACAUUUUGAAUAUUUUAGCUAUAUUUAUUGGCUUUGUACAAGCAGCUAGAACAGAGAAAUCAUGGGUCACUAUUCUUGACCUUAAUUUUAGAACCUUUCCAUGAAGAUAGUGCUAGAGAUACUUUUGCCAAAUAACAUUCUUACUCACUUCAUGUCAGUAUUUAGAAAAAAACCCUAGCAAGUAUGAUUUCUAAGACACUUUUUCUAUAAAUUAUUGUUUAAAAGUCAUGCUUUAAAAAAAAAAGUUGGUAAUGCAUAUCAUGGGAGGUAUAUGUUUAUGUUUAAAUUCACCACAGUUAAAGGAUACUUCUGAUCUUGUUCAUCACUGCGGCGUAGAAUGACCCCUACAGUAAUGCCUUCAAAAGAAACGAGUUACUACAGCAAAUGUCGUGUACUUAGCCUUGAGCUUGCCUGGUGCACCGUAGCUUUAUCAUCUGGAAGGAUCGAGCAGCUUUGUGUGUUUCCGUGGACUCAUUUAGCAUUCUGCUUGUGACCGGGGAUCAUCACCUUCUGUUGUGAAUAUGCUGAUGAAAGAUGAAAGCUUUUUCUUCAUCAGUGUUUUGUUCUUAUGCUGCCUUUUUCUUUUUUUUUAGGUCUAUAAACAAAAUUCCUUUCCCCUCUGAAGCCAGGAUUUCAAAACUUGUCCAGUACUUGUGUUCAUCCCCACCUUUGUUCUGUUCGGAAUAAGGGACGUGUGUUGCGGGGCUGCGUGUAGGAUUCUAGGACGUGCUCUCCCUGGCUUCUGUAUCCGAGGCUUCCUUAGAUAGGAGGAGGGCGGAGAACAAACUCUCGUGGCCCGCGGUCCGUGAAGCCCGGGGCGCCGUUUUUUCAGAACAUGUCCAAUUUUGUGGCCAAAGCACUUGGUCUUAAUAAAAUGCAAAUUCUUCAUGAGUUGCUCCUUCAUGUAGACCCAGGUCUUAGUGGGAGUUGAAGCGUGUCCGCCUUGUGUAUUUGUUUCUGAAUCAUUUUGCAAGAGCAGCUGUAGUAAGAAUUUAUGAAUGAAUUUUAAGUUUUUAAGCAACUGUAAACUAGGAAAUCCUAGAAUAAUUUUAAAUCUGGCAAGAUGCAAUUCAUUUAGGUGAAGAUCCAUUAUUUUAAAGGAUUAUUAGGGUGGGGGGGGAAUGGCAGAAAAUGGGGAGAAAUAGUAUGUGACAGAGAAAAGGUGCUAAAUGAAGAGAAAUAGCUGGAAAGGGAACCAUGACGUAGUUCUUAAAUGGAGAGCCAGGAAAUGAUUAAUGAUUAACUGAUAGGCUUGGGAGCAAAAGCUACCGAACAGUGCAAAACAACACGGGAAUGCAGGCCGCCUCUAUCCGAGAAAGUGACUAGGGCCCCGGGCGCUGCGAAUACCUGGACUGUGAGGUUGAUCUUUUUAUCAGACGGUACUUCCAGGUCUGUGACAGGGCGGCGGGAACUGGGUCACGAAGAGCCGCCGGCCGGUGGUGGGCACCCAGGUCCCAGGUUUGGUGACAAGCUGGCCUCACGGUGGUUCUUUCUGAGAAUUCAUCCACCUGACGCAGUUCUAUUCAUUUCUUACCUUGUAAGAUUUGCUUUGAGGGGGGACUAGGUUUGUCUGGUCCAGGUACAGAAUGAAGGCCAUAUUCAAUUUUAUAUAAAUUAUCUCCCAAGCUCAAUUUAAGACACGUUUUCAUUAUUGAGUCCCUUUCUUAAGGUUAGGUAAAAAAUAGGGUAAACUUUUUAAAAGGAUGUCACACAAGUCACUUUUAACUUAGGUCAUGAUUGAGAUGGAUUGAACUCCUCCACUGACCGCUCCCCUCUGUUUUUCCUAUUAAGUUUGACACCAAUUAUGAAGAAAGAAAAAAACUGUGAAAAAUACUAGUCAUAAUGCUUUUUGAUUAUCCACUUAAAUUUAUGUAUUUUCAUAUCACUCAGGUAAAGUCGGAUGUGACAAAGCACAGACAUCUAUUUUUUAAAUCAAUAGGGUAGAAAAUGAAAAGCACUUCUGUUUAUUUAUAUUACCAUAUAUGCAAUCAUCUUAGCGAACCAGGCAUAAUAUAUUCAUUUGUAUAACAAAAUAAACGCAUUCAUCCUAAUUAUAGUCAACACGUUUUUGCCAAAUGGCGCAAAUAUACCUCCAUUUAUAUUUUGUAUCUUAAAAUUGUAGUUUAAAAAUAGGACUAUGUAUAAGACACUUUUUACAAAAAGUGCCAUAUAUACAUGUAACAGGGAAUGAGUGUGUGUUGUUUAACAUGAUUUAUAACAGUUUCUGUCAGUACAGUGAAUACCGAAAAUUCAAGUUGUUUUCAGCACCUUCAGGUACCUUCAGGAUAAGAGAAGUUACCCCAGCCUCCUGAUGUAACUCAUAUUUUUGUUAUUUGCCAUACUUUAUCUGAAGCAGUAAUACAGUUUUAUAACAAAUUUGAAUGUUACAGUACACAGCACACUAGCCAUAGCGAGCAAACAUUUACAUUUGUUUUUUUUACAAUAGAUUUCUUUUAGAGCAUACUUUCUAUUUUUCUGUACUGACAUAUGCAAUAAAUUGAUAACAUUAAAGGUUUGAUUAAUGUCUUAAGAUAGUUUGUAGUCUUUUUCUCCCCCGCCCCCCUGCCAGUUUUCUAUUAACCUAAAUUAUAUGGUAGAACAUUAAGGUUUCCUUAAUGGUUAAAUAAAAUUUCUGAAUUUGUGCGGAAAUUAAUGAAUUUUUAUUGUAAUAAUGCCGUGGAUGAUAAGUGUAAGUUAGAUUUAUAUUCUCUUUUUUCAUAUUAUUUUCCCACAGACAUUUAAUUUAAGCUGAUAGUAAAUGUUUUCUGUAUAUUGGCUGCUGGAGAAUGAGGAGGCCCCAAAGCGUUUGCUGAGUUAAAUGAAUCUGGAAAUGAAUAAAUUUUAACUGUUCACAGUC